AUGAGUGACUCAAUCACCAAGAACUCUGUCCCUAUCAACCUUUCCAUCGCUGUGCGGCCAAACAAACUCGAGGCUGUUCCAGCGCUAUUGCAGGAUAUAACACUGGGAGUCAAUGCACUCACGUCCGGUGGAACUGUGGAUAGAGAAGACCUGCUAACCAAAUGCCGUUUUCUGCUUCGUGCAUUGGAAACACCUCGACAAACAAUGGUCAACCAUUUGUGGGCACAGAUUGGCUCAAUAUCAGCUAUCACAUUCGGGGUGGAUUGCGGACUUUGGAGACUAAUGACAGAAAACGGGGACAACCCUCAAAAGGUGAAUGAUCUUGCUUCGGCACUUAAGAUUGAUCAUGCUCUUCUUCAGAUUGGCGAGGAUGAGUAUUGUUCGACAAAUUACACCAAAGCCCUGAGUCUCCCUGAGAUCGGGCAUGCAUACCUUGCCUUGAUCCCGGAAAUGAGUGCCGCGCCAUUCAAAUUCCACGAAUACUGCCGCGAACGUGGAUGGAAGAAUCCUACAGAUUCCAAAGACACCCCUUUGAUGUAUGCGUACAAUACCAAAAAAGACGUGUACGCAUGGCUUCGCGAAGUAAACCAUGACGGACAUUUCAAUGACUACAUAGGUGCUUACAGUUUUGGACGCCUCCCCUGGAUGGAUCCGACGAUAUACCCUGUUAAGGAUCGGCUGAUUACAGGCGCUGAUAAUAACCGGGGCAAACCAUUCCUGGUGGAUGUUGGUGCCAACCUUGGACAUGAUAUGAUAAAAUUUACGAGAUAUUUCCCCGAGUGUCCAGGGCGGCUGAUCCUUCAGGAUUUACCGGAGGUCGUCAGCGAGAUCAGAGGGAUGGAUCCUUCUAUCGAAAUCAUGAGCCACGAUUUUUUCACUGAGCAGCCAGUUAAAGACACUGGAGCGUAUUGGGAGGAGACAGGCAUGGAUAUGAUAAUGAUGACUGUCUGCGCAUCCGAGGAGCGAACUACCAAGGGCUGGCACGAGUUGUUGGAGAAAAAAAUGGGAUUGAAAAUCAUCAAGAUUUGGAAAGCCCCUAAUAGGGGGACAGAGGGCGUGAUUGAAUGCGAAUUGGCUUGA